AUGAGUGGGCAUGUAAGACCAAGAUCCAAAUCUGCAAGAAGAAGAAAUGAUGGAGAGUCUUCCCAGCCGGUUAGACCUCUGGUUGCUCAGCAGCCCAGUGAUAAACAACCUCAACUAGAAGAACCACAAACUGAGAGUCAGGAUAUUAUACCCACUUAUAACAUUGAAGAUGAAGGAGCAUCUGUAGCUCAAAGGGCUGAUAUGGAAGCUGAUCAAUAGAAACGGGUUCUCUUGAAGACUGUGGAUGAGCCUGGAGGUGGUCCUGAUGUCAAGAAGGAGAUUCUACCAAGUCUAGAGCCUGUUAAAAUGCCAGAAGCUGGUGAAGGACAACCACAGAUUUAA